CGGAAUAUUUACUAUUUACAUAAGAAAACAGUCUCAGCAAAUUGUCUUUUUUUUUUUUUUUGAUUAAUUGACACAAUUUUCGAUAUUUAAAAAAAUUACACUAUUUGAAUUUUAGCGCUUUUUUUACAUCUCAAUUUCGCUGUUGGCACACCUGAUCGAAUCGAUAGUUCAAUCAUUCGCAGUACAACAAUAAAUCCUGUGUGUGUGUGUAAUUUAUAAAAUUAUUAUAAAUUAUAAAUGAAUAAAUACAAAAUUUGUGUCAAUAAAAUAUUCCCCAAAGCAAAAUUAAACUCAAAUCAAAAAUAUUUUACAAUCAUCAAACAAGAUAAACGGAGAAAAAUGAAGUUUCUUUUAGUGGCGGUCGCAGCUUUUGCUGUUUUUGGAAAGAUUUCUGCUUUAAAAGAAGGAGAAUGCGAAGUUUGUGUUGCAACUAUAAACAAAUUUGCCGCAACAUUGAGUGACGAGGAUAAAAAAUUGCAUACAACGAUUGAGGAAAAAUUCAAAAAAUUCUGUAAAGGAACGAAAUCCAAGGAAAAUCGAUUUUGCUAUUAUCUCGGAGGUUUGGAAGAAUCGGCUACGGGAAUUUUGGGCGAAAUGAGUAAACCUCUUUCUUGGUCGAUGCCAGCUGAUAAAAUUUGUGAGAAAAUCAGAAAGAAAGACGCACAAAUUUGUGAUUUGCGAUUUGAAAAACAAAUCGACUUGAAUACCGUGGAUUUGAAAAAAUUGAAAGUACGCGAUUUGAAGAAAAUUUUGAACGAUUGGGACGAGUCAUGCAAUGGAUGCAUUGAAAAAUCUGAUUUUAUUCAUCGAAUUGAAGAAUUAAAACCAAAAUAUUCGAAUCAACAAAAAACUGAACUUUGAGGAGAGUUUUAAACAAUUUUUUAGGCUGAAAAAGAAAAUACAAAACAAAAUUUAAAAAAAAAAAAAAAAAAAUACACGAAAAAAUUCACUUGAAAAGUUUUGUCUGUCAUCUCGCGAGAUAAAUGCACAAAAUUUAUAUGAAAAAAAUGAAUUUGUGUGCAAAAAAAAUUUUUUUUUAUGAAGUUUUAAAUAAUUCAUUUUAUUAAUUUUCUCGAGAUUAAUGAAAUAAUUAAUAAUUUUAAUUAACAAAUUAUUAAUUAUUAAUUUACUCAACAAAUUUUUAAUUACAAAUAAAAUUAAUAAAUUGUUAAUUAAUAAAUUAUUAAUAAUUUACUUAAUAAAUUGUUAAUUAUUAUUUUUAUUUAAUAAAUUAUUAAUUACUAUGUCAAUUAAUAAUUAUUAUUAGUUACUAAUUAAAUUUAAUAUUUCAUUAAUUUAUUAUUAAUAAUUGAUAAUUAUUUAGUUAAAAAUUAAUUAUUAAUAAUUUUAGAUGAUUAAUUAAAUUAUAAUCAUUGAUUAAUUUUUUUUUUUAAUGAUUAAUAGAAUUAGUUAUAAUUAAUUAAAUUUAUUAGUAAUUUAUUAGUAAAUUUAUUAGUAACAAAAAAAUUUAAUAAUUUAUUAGUUAAAAAAAAUUAAUUAACAAUAGAAUUUCGAGAAUUAAUAACUAAUAAUUUUCUGUAAUUAUUAAUUGAAAAUUUUUUCUCAAUGUACAUAAAAUUUUCAAUUUUUGACUGAGUAUUUUGUUUUUUCCUUUAUUUGUUAAUUUACAAUUUACAAUUAAUUUAUAUUUAUAUACAUAUUUUUGUUUCCCAGUAUCAAAUUUCAUUGGAAAAAUUUCAUUAUACGUAAAUUUCAAAAUCUCCAAAGAAGGGGAAAAUUUUUGUUUUUUGCUUUCGAAAAAUAGAAAUUUUUCUUUUAUUUAAAUUUAAAUGAAAAAAAAUAAUUUGUUUUUUUCCAUUUAAAUUUAAUGUAAAAAAAAAAAUUAAUUUCGUUUUAAUUAAAAGUAAAAAAAAAAUUUUCCCCUUUCAAAAUAAGAGAAAUCUAUUUAAAUUUAAAAAAAAAGAAAAUAUUCUUUCGUAGCAUAUUUUUACAUUUUUAAAUUUUCUUUUUAGAAUUAUAAAUAGUAAAGACAAAAAAAAAAAUUAAGAGAUGCUCAUAUCAUUUUUUUUCUCUGCAAUUUUUCAAUGAAAUAUUUUUUUAAAAAAACAGUUUUUCGAAUUUUUUUUUUUGGUAUAAUUAUUUUGAAAUAAAAAAAAAAAAAUUAUGUAUAGUUAGAAAAAAAAAAUGUGUGAUACUCCAUUUUAUUGUGAUGGAAUUUAUUUUCUUUUUUAACUCAAAAAUAGAAAAAGAAAAAAAAAAAAAUUCACAAAAAAUGGAGUAAAAUUGUAAUAUACGAGUGUACUUAUGCCAAAAUCUAGAUUGUUACAAAAUAAUUGCAUAUAUAAUAGGUAAAAAUAAAAUAAAUAAUAAUAAUGAUAAUUUUAAGAUCAAUCACUGUGAGACACUCUCCUGUUAUCAUCGACGAAUUUUAUUGUUAUACAUACACAUAUAUAUAUGAAAUCGCCUCGUGAAAAAAGAAAAAAAAACAACAGGAUUCAAUAAUUUUAUCGAAACUGUUUUUAAAAAUAAAAUAAAAAUUGAUUCUUCUUUUCGUAAUACAA